UCAUUUACAUGAGUAUGCCGUGAAGUGCUACAAAUUAUCUUAAUUAAACAUUUAGCCUAAUCUGAAUCGACCUCGGUUGAGUAAUCGAGACAAACUGUCGUCCGUUGUCGUCGACCGUACUCAGUAUGCAAGUUAAAAUAAUGUACUCAGUUGUUUUCGUUUUAGAUAAGAAGAAUAGCUAAUUGAACUGUGAAAUUAAAUAAACUUGCCUGAAUAUGACGCUGCAGUCGAUUAGGUACGCUAAGGGCAACCUGGAAGUACUGGACCAGUUGCUACUGCCCGCACAAUGCAAAUAUCUCCAGGUGAAAACCGUCGAAGAUGGCUGGAAAGUUAUAAACAAAAUGCAAGUUCGAGGUGCGCCUGCCAUUGCAAUUGUUGGUUGUCUCAGUUUAGCAGUGCAAAUAAAUGAGGAAAAAUUUGAGAGCAAAAAGGCUCUUCGACAGGAAAUUGAGGGCAGACUGAAUUAUUUAGUGUCUUCUAGACCUACAGCAGUUAACAUGAAACUGGCUGCAGAUGAUUUAAUUCAAUUUGCUAACAUUCUGUGUGAUGAUGAAAGUUUGACCAUAGAAACAAUGAAGCAAAGGUUUAUUACAAGAAUAGAAGACAUGUUAGAUAGGGAUAUUGCUGAUAACAAGGCAAUUGGAAUGUAUGGGGAGAAGGAAAUCAUCAGUCAAUAUCCAAAAGAAAAUCAAUUCCGGAUAUUGACACAUUGUAAUACCGGAUCACUAGCCACAGCUGGGUAUGGUACUGCUCUAGGCGUAAUUCGCACAUUACAUUCGUCCCAAAAAUUAGAACAUGUUUACUGCACGGAAACAAGACCGUACAAUCAAGGCGCGCGGUUGACCGCCUAUGAGCUAGUUCACGAUAAAAUUCCAGCGACGCUGAUUGUCGACAGCAUGGUGGCUACUUUGAUGAAGCAGCGGCGGAUAUCAGCUGUUGUUGUCGGCGCUGAUAGGGUUGCUUCAAAUGGCGACACAGCGAAUAAAAUCGGCACUUAUCAAAUCGCCGUGUUGGCAAAACACCACAACGUGCCUUUCUACAUCGCUGCGCCCUUCACGUCCAUCGAUAUGAACAUAGUCAGCGGUGAUUAUAUCAAAAUUGAAGAGAGGCCCGACCGGGAGAUGACGCAUGUUGGUGAUCAUCGGAUUGCUGCGCAGGGUAUCGCCUGUUGGAAUCCUGCAUUCGAUGUAACCCCGGCAGAUUUGAUCGCUGGUAUUAUCACAGAAAAGGGCGUUUUCCGGCCGGCCGAAUUGGCAACUUUGGAAUACCAUUGAUCUAUGGAAAUAUCUGCGUCUUGUUGAAGUUUUAUUACCUUUUCAAACAUUAAAUAUUUUAUAUACCA